AUGCUGUCGACACUCGUACGGUAUGCUGAUCCCCAUCCAUUCGAGAAGCUUGACACCGGAGAAGGACUCAUAGGGGUGUGUGUGCGGGGGGGGGGGGGGUUUGUGGAGUGGCACUGUGUAACAGUGUGGACAAUGUUUUCAGACAAGUGGGUGGUUGUGUUGGACAUGAGACGCCUUCUUGGGACUGUACCAUUCGCUCCUUCUCCAUGCAGCAGCCAGCUAAUCCCAGAACGUCAGUCUAUGUCGCGCCCUGCCAACUCAUCCUUCCGUCCUCUCCCGUUUCCCGUCAUCCUGGCAUUGUUCACGUCCCCCAAGACAAUGCUACAGGCAUCCGUUACAACCGUCGCUGACGGGACUUAUCCGUUAAUCAUUACUAUAUACGAUACCAAGGGCGUGUAUGUGUAG